AUGACACAUUUUCAGCUUUCCGUCCAUGUGGUUUAUCAGCUGUCGGCGUUCCAGGAUAAAUGUCAGCCACUCCAGGUUCUCAGACAUCCGGUCUCGUGCCUGAAUUUUACAUCUCAAUACAGUUCAGUGUUAGGCUUUUCGAUGGCCACCAGAGGCCGACUGACUAGCAUUAAAUCCAUUAGAAGGAUUCGAUUUUUAGGAAAAAAUCAGCUCAAUGCGCUGGUGUCGCCGUUUGGCAUCUAUCCAAUAAAUGUCAUGCGAAAUGUUGCUAGGAGAGGAGCACCGUCCUAUUUCCAUCUGAUCAGCGACGUUGAGAUGGUAUUUAGUUCUAAUUUUGCUCUGCAUGCUAAGAGACUGGCCAAUGCUCAUAUCCGUCCGAAAUCGAAAAAUCUGAUUAACGGCCCUGAAGCUCGCAACGCGACUAUGCUCGCAUUUGGAAUUUCUCGAGGAUUUCAAGAACUACAAUUUACUUUUUUGAGAGCACAUGAAUACCACCAUAAAUUGUUCCCCGUUGGUCAUACCAUCAAAGCAUUAUGGGAAUGGUUUAAGCGUUCUAAAGAAAAACCUGAGCCCUACGUGUGGGAAAUUCCGUACAAAAAUCCCAUGUGGGAGCCGCAGUUCAUCAUGACUGCAACUGAUCCGUUCAGUGAGGAGUCAAUGCCGACCCGUCUACGAGAUCAGCAAGCAUUGACUUAUGAAUUAUGUCGUGCCAACUACACCUUUUUACUAGCGUCACAACUCUUCAAUGUCCAUCGAGGUGUCAAACGGUUCGCCACAAACUUUGACAAUGCUGUCGUCCAGCAUCAAAUCCGUGCCUUCAUACGUUUCAAACGACGAAUGGACGCCGAUUAUCCGAAAACCCUCAAACGAUGUAAUAAAUUCACAAUGUGA